CCGCGCCGGGGACGCGCUGGCCACUCCCCUUUCAUCUGCACUCGCCCCAGGGUUUUGGGCACUAGGCUGUGCUGUCUGUGUCUUGAAGUCGUGAAUAGUUGUUCCCCUGUUCCGGAUUCUAAAGCCACUGUUGCCAGGCAGGAGGAGAGUGGCACUCAGGAUGUCAUUUUCAAAAUGUAGGAUGAUGGCUCUGCCUUGUUAAGUCCAACAGGAAGACUACCACUUCUAGACUGAUGCUGAUUGGUCGCCACCGUUAUUUCUGCUAACGUCCUUGUGUCACUGAGGAAUAGAAAUUGAAGCUCAGACAACUUGAAGAUUAUCUUUUUGAAACUCACAGGAUAAUGAGGAUUAUGAAGUAAUCUCAUCAUGUGGUUAUUAUUUAAUCAUACUUAUAAAAAUGCCUUAGAAAAAGAAGCAUGGAGAAGUAUGUUAGACUACAAAAGAUUGGACAAGGUUCUUUUGGAAAAGCCAUCCUUGUUAAAUCUACAGAGGAUGGCAGGCAAUAUGUUAUCAAGGAAAUUAAUAUCUCAAGAAUGUCCAGUAAAGAAAGGGAAGAAUCAAGGAGAGAAGUUGCAGUGUUGGCAAACAUGAAGCAUCCGAAUAUUGUCCAGUAUAAGGAGUCAUUUGAAGAAAAUGGCUCUCUCUACAUAGUGAUGGAUUACUGUGAAGGAGGAGAUCUGUUUAAACGAAUAAAUGCUCAAAAAGGCAUUUUGUUUCAAGAGGAUCAGAUUUUGGACUGGUUUGUACAGAUAUGUUUGGCCUUGAAACAUGUACAUGAUAGAAAAAUUCUUCAUCGAGACAUAAAGUCACAGAACAUAUUUCUCACCAAAGAUGGGACAGUGCAACUUGGAGAUUUUGGAAUUGCUAGAGUUCUAAAUAGUACUGUAGAGCUGGCUCGAACUUGCAUAGGGACCCCAUACUACUUAUCACCUGAAAUCUGUGAAAACAAACCUUAUAAUAAUAAAAGUGACAUUUGGGCUCUUGGAUGUGUCCUUUAUGAAAUGUGUACACUUAAACAUGCAUUUGAAGCUGGCAAUAUGAAAAACCUGGUACUGAAGAUAAUAUCUGGAUCUUUUCCACCUGUAUCUUUUCAUUAUUCCUAUGAUCUCCGCAGUUUGCUCUCUCAGUUAUUUAAAAGAAAUCCUAGGGAUAGACCAUCCGUCAACUCCAUAUUAGAGAAAAGUUUUAUAGCCAAACGCAUUGAAAAGUUUCUCUCCCCUCAGCUUAUUGCAGAAGAAUUUUGUCUAAAAACAUUUUCAAAGUAUGGAGUACAGCCUGUGCCAGUUAAAAGACCAGCAUCUGGACAAAGCUUGGCUUCUGUUGUGCCUGCUCAGAAAAUCACAAAGCCUGCUGCUAAAUAUGGAGUACCUUUAACAUGUAAGAAACAUGGAGAUAAAAAAUUACUUGAAAAGAAACCACUCCCAAAACAUAAACAGAAGGCGUAUCAAAAGACUGCAGUAUUUCUUUAUUUUGUGGAAUAUAUUUUGAAAGAAGUACAAUACAAAGCCCAUCACACUCCAGUGAAGAAAGUGAACCCUGGAGAAGAAAGGAGGAAAAUGUUUGAGGAAGCACUAAGAAAGAAAAGGUUGGAAUUUAUUGAAAAAGAAAAGAAACAAAAGUACCAGAUAAGUUUAUGGAAGGCUGAACAAAUGAAAAGGCAAGAAAAGGAAAGGUUGGAGAAAAUAAAUAGGGCCAGGGAACAAGGAUGGAGAAAUGUACUAAGUGCUGGUGGCAGUGGUGAAGCAAAGGCUCCCUUUUUUGGCAGUGGAGGGGCUGUAGCUUCAUCGUCUUGUUCUUCUCGAGGACAGUAUGAACAUUACCAUGCCAUUUUUGAUCAAAUGCAGAAACAAAGAGCAGAAGAUAAUGAAGUGAAAUGGAAAGGAGAAGUGCAUGGUGGAGGGCUUCCAGAAAGAGAAAUUCUACCUGGAGUUCGUCCAGGAUUUCCUAAUGGGGCUGCAGGUCAUCACCAUUUUCCUGAUGCUGAUGCUAUUAGAAAAACUUUGAAAAGAUUGAAGGCCGUGUCUAAACAAGCCAAUUCAAACAGGCAAAAAGGGCACCUAGCUAUAGAAAGAGCUAAACAAGUAGAAGAAUUUCUACAACGAAAGCAGGAAGCUAUGCAGAAUAAAGCACGAGCCGAAGGACAUAUGGGAAUCCUGCAAAACCUGGCAGCUAUGUAUGGAGGCAGGCCCAGCUCUUCAAGAGGAGGGAAGCCAAGAAACAAAGAGGAAGAGGUUUAUCUGGCAAGACUGAGGCAAAUAAGACUACAGAAUUUCAAUGAGCGUCAGCAAAUUAAAGCCAAACUUCGUGGUGAAAAGAAAGAAGCUGAUAGUUGCGAAGGACAAGAAGGAAGUGAAGAAGCUGACUUACGGCGAAAAAGAAUUGAAUCCAUUAAGGCCCAGAAAAAUGCACGUGCUGCUGUACUAAAAGAACAACUAGAGCGGAAGAGAAAGGAAGCAUACGAAAGAGAAAAGAAAGUGUGGGAAGAACAUUUGGUGGCUAAAGGAGUAAAGAUUUCUGAUGUUUCUCCACCUUUGGGACACUAUGAAACAGGUGGCUCUCCAUCAAAGCAACAGAUGAGAUCUGUUAUUUCUGUAACGUCAGCUUUGAAAGAAGUUGGUAUGGACAAAAGUUUAAUUGAUUCCCAGGAAACUUCAGAAGAAAUGCAGAAAACCAACAGUGCUAUUUCAAGUAAGCGAGAAAUACUACGUAGGUUAAAUGAAAACCUUAAAGCUCAAGAAGAUGACAAAGGAACGCAGCAUCACUUGGAUACUUGUGAAAUGAUUAUUCCUAAAGACACCAAAGAUAAUGAAAAGGAAAAAUCAAUUCCAUCUGAUAGAAAGAAGUGGGAGAUAGGAGGUCAACUUGUGAUUCCCCUGGAUGAGUUAGCACUGGAUACGUCGUUCUCAGCAACUGAAAAACAUACAGUAGGAGAGGUUAUUAAAUUAGAUCCUAGUGGAUCUCCAAGAAAAGUCUGGGGAAAAAGCCCUACAGAUUCAGUUCUAAAGAUACUUGGAGAAGCUGAACUUCAACUUCAGACAGAACGAUUGGAAAAUACAACUAUGAAAAGUGAGAUUUCUCCUGAAGGAGAUAACUACAAACCGUUAAUCAUCAAUGAAAAGCUACAAUGUGUUUCACAAGAAAUAAACUCAUCCAUUAUUGUUGAUUCUUCUGCUGAGACAAGAACUCCAAAUAGCGAGGCAUCUCCACAGACAUUAUUAGAACCAAAUGGAAACACGGAAGAACCUGAUGAUUUGGAAACAGAAGUUCUUCAAGAGCCAAGUAGGAAAAACAAAGAUGGGAGUUUGCCAUGUAUUAUUAAUAAUGUGUGGGUUAGUGAGGAAGAAGAAACAAAGCAAACUGAGUUGGAAGACAAAGUUGCCAUUCAGCAUAAUGAAGUUUCUGAAGAUGAAAUCUUGCAGAAUGUUGACCAGCUUAGUGAGGUUAUUAUAGAACCAGGACUAGAUGAUUCUCACCAUUCUAAAUAUGAUGUUGAUAAGUCUGUACAACCAGAACCAUUUUUCCAUAAGGUGGUUUGUUAUGAACACUUGAAUAUAGUCUCUCAAGUUCAGUCAAUUCAUUGUUUCCCGGAAGAAUCUAUUCCACUUCGAUGUCACUCUGAAUCACCACCACAAAAUAAAAACAAGAACUCCUUGUUGAUUGGACUUUCGACUGGACUGUUUGAUGCAAACAAUCCAAAGAUGUUGAGGACAUGCUCACUUCCAGAUCUCUCAAAGCUGUUCAGAACCCUAAUGGAUGUCCCCACUGUAGGAGAUGUUCAUCAAGACAAUCUUGAAAUAGACGAAAUUGAAGAUGAGCACAUUAAAGAAGGGCCUUCUGAUUCUGAAGACAUUGUGUUUGAAGAAGCUGACCCAGAUUUGCAAGAGCUUCAGGCCUCAAUGGAGCAAUUACUUAGGGAGCAGCCUGGUGAAGAAUACAGUGAGGAGGAAGAGUCGGUCUUAAAGAACAGUGAUGCAGAGCAAACUGCAAAUGGUACAGAUCUGGCAGAUGAAGAGGACAAUCCCAGCAGCGAAAGUGCCCUAAACGAAGAAUGGCACUCAGAUAAUAGUGAUGGUGAGGCUACUAGUGAAUGUGAAUAUGAUAGUGUCUUUAACCAUUUAGAGGAACUGAGACUUCACCUGGAGCAAGAAAUGGGCUUUGAAAAGUUUCUCAAGGUUUAUGAGAAAAUAAAAGCCAUUCAUGAAGAUGAAGAUGAAAAUAUUGAGAUUUGUUCAACAGUAGUUCAGAAUAUUUUGGGAAAUGAGCAUCAGCAUCUUUACGCCAAGAUUCUUCAUUUAGUAAUGGCGGAUGGAGCCUACCAAGAAGAUAAUGAUGAAUAAUCCUCAGGACUUUCUUUAAUCCUCAACUAUAUGGAAGCAUUUGAAUUUGGCUCAUCAGAAUAACAAACUUCAGUGGGAAAAUAGAGAUUAUUUAUAAGAAAUAACAGAUUUAAGAUGGGCAUGUUUAUUGCAUAAGAAAAGAUAGACAAACAUGAUUUGUCAGUUAAGAAUCUAGCAUUUUAUCUAUUUUAUUUUGUUUUUUAAUUUUGUAGUUAAAUACUGUAUAGUGAUCAGAUCACCAACCAAAGCAUAAGCAGCAUUGACCUAGAACUGGACUUAAUGAUUUUGAAGACUUACCAUACAAUAAGGUAGCUUUGACUCAGUAAAUGUCUUUAGAUUGAAGGAAUUACCUCUGUUAUGAGAGACCUGCUCUUUUGUUUUAGUAGUUCAGCAUCACUGUUUUGUUUUGCUGUUUGGUUUUUGUUCCCAGUGUAACACUUGUCUUCAUCCUGACCAGCAAUUCUGCACUAAUUAACCUUGUCAAAGGCUCUAUUUAAGUCUUUACAUUUUGAAGUGGAAUUUUUAGCUUUGAAGUUUAUAUUCUCAAGUCAUUUUUCAGCCAAUGUAUCUCCUGAAGUAGCUGAGUGGAAACAGUCUGUAGAAACAGUUUUAGAAAUCACUGAAAGGUUUGAUUAUAAAUGACUCACAAAAUUAUAUUUCCUGAUAUUUAAAAAAGUUGUAUAAUUCUACUUCUUUUUGAGAACCAGAAAUAUUAUGUCUUAAAAAUUAGGCUGUGAAUUAUAAUACUGACCUAGCAUAUAGCAUAAAGUUACCCUUUGGUUUUUCACUUCUUCUCAUGCAUGUGCUUCAGUGACAUUAAGAAAGAAAAAGGAAUCAUUUUUAUUUUGACAGUGACAUUUUUGGUAACAUGAGUAAAUGUUUACCAUUUUUAUUUUCAUUAUGAGUGGGUUUCCUUAGAUUAUUGAGAUGAUGGUGACACAGCUUCCAUUACACUGCAGCAAGUAUUACUUGGUUUCAUUAGAGAUGCCUACUGUCCAGAUGUUUUUAGGAAUAAAAGCAGAAUUUUUGAACCUCUGAGUAAAAAGCAGCCUGAUUGGCAUAGUCUAUAAUUUGAAAAAAUCUUAACUUGCAGCACUAUCAAUACUAUGUUGACUUUGUUAUGUAUAUUAUUUUUUAACAUUUAAAACUCUAAACAGUUGAUUUUAUAUGUUUAUUGCAGAUUACUAUUAAAUUUUUAUUAUCUACCUGAAGUAAA